AUGGCUGGGGAUGCGGCUCCUCAGGCGACAGACCAGCAUCCACGCGUGGAAGCCGCCAUGGAUCUUCCAAUUGUUGUUGAUUCAGACGAUGAUGAAAUGGUCUCCCACGAACUAGAGCAAAUGGGGAGUAUAUUGGAAGAGGUGAUUUUAGAAACGCGCAGCAUGCCUCUCGAAAAUCGACCGCAACUUCCCCGCAUAACCCUAAGCAAGCGAAAUCGGAUUGUCGUGAGGGCUAUUAACCCAAUGCUGGUAACCUAUUUGGAAGUCAGCCGGGACCUUUCCGAGAUGGACUCGGUUCGUUUUGGCGCCGCAGUGGAAGCUUGCCGUAUUAUUGGUGCCAAACUUCCCUAG